AUAAUUAAAAUGCAAUAGCUGGUUGAAAAUGAUGACAUCUAUUUAGAACCAAUAAAAAAGAAACCAAAAAUCUAAGAAGUGAUAAAAACAAAAUAGACUGAAAGUAAUUAAAUCAUAAAAAAAAUACCAACUGCAAUUCCCAUUCGAUAUGUUCCAGAUUUAAGAGCUUAAGCAUCUUUAUUAGAAUCUCUAAAGAUUAUUGAAAAUAUACAACCAGAUACAAUGUAAUCAAGUUUAAAGAGUGAUUAUACAGAAUGGACUCAUUAAGAUUUUAUAUUUUAACUUAGUUUGUAAUCCAAUUAAAUACAUCCUGAUUGUAUAGAAAGAUUAAAUUAAUAUUUUCGGGACUUCAAUCAAAAGUGUAAAAUCUAUCCAUAUAUGCAUUAUGUUGAUUUAAAGCCAGAUAAAGAUCAUAUAGUUAAUACACAUCCCCCGUAUGAAUAUUAAAAAGACGAAUUCAUUGAAAAUUUUAUGAGAGCUAGAGUUAUUCCUAUAGUAAAACCACCUUAGAAACCAAGUAUAAAAAUAAAAAUAGAGUCUAAAUGA